GGGCGGAAAUCCACUGCAACCGGCUCAUGUGAUCGGUGGUGCCCAAUUCGAAGGUCCUCUCCGACCCGUGCAGCAGGAUUUUGUAGCCCGCUUUGGGCUCCACUUUGCAACCGGGCUCGAUGGGCACCGAGCCGCAUUUGUCCCGUUCGCUUCGGGAUUUGUAGUAGGUCAAUUCGCAGGGCCUCAACACGAACCAGUAGUCCCUCAUGGUCGGGAAUAUGUAGCCCUUCUUCGACAGGAACCCCUUUUUGAUGACGUCUUCCACCAGCUUUUGGUAAAUGUCGGUGACAGCUUCGCCGAUGGCGACUUCGUCUCUUACCCCGUUCAAACAUCUAGCAUGUGAAGUCAUUAGAAUGUGUUGAUUGGUGUGUUUAGGUACGCACUUUGAUUCUAAUACUGCUACGAAAGGCGCCAGCCGGAAGUUCCCCAUCGAAAUGCUGAGGCUGGUGAAGUCCUCGUCGUCGAAAUGGCACCCCAACGAGCUGGUGAGAGCCUGGGCUAUGUUGCACACUUCGGACGGGUGCACCAGGGCUUGGUAGACGUUCUCAUCGUACUGAUCGACCGGCACCAGCUCGGCCAGUACGCAGAACACCCUGAACAUCUGGAACACCGAUUUGUCGUCGAAGCGCUUGUUCGCCCUGGGCAGGUACUUCUUCCUGCACACCAGCCAGCACACUUCGGCUAUUUUGUUCUCGAACAGCCGCGCGUCCUGCACUUGGAGCUGGCUCGGCAGCGACGAGAACACCUCCUUCUGCAGGUAGUACUUGAAUUGGUCGAAGUUCAACGUGGAGGUGCUGCGGAAGUGCUCGAGGCCCCUCUCCACGCCGUAGAGGUCCAGCAGCGUGCCGAUGUUUGCUGUUAGGACCUGUUGAAGGGUGAAGAUUGGUGUGAAUAGAAGAAUGAGAUGAAGUGGAAGAUUUUUUUUGUACAUUUUGGGUUUACUUAGAUGAGUUUCUUGAAGAGGAAAAAGUUGAAGACAAAAUGCUAUAAUACGAAUUAAUUAUGCGCAAAAUUCGUUGAGCAAAUAUUAUGAUUCGAACGUGCUGGAAAUUUAUGUAAUUCGCGAACCGUGCGUGAAAAAUAAAUCGGGCCGCCUUCGAAAUCAAUAAAAUAAUAAUAAUCAUAACACCGUCGAAAUGUAUCGAAAUGUAUUUCUGCGGUCGACGCCAACCUUGACAUAAAACGUGUUUUCACAUUCUCAAUAAUAAAUGUACAUAUGUGUGCAGGUAUAUCCGAACAACCUGUACGCACUUUUACGAAAAAAAAAAAACAACUCCAUUACUAUAUUAGGCGAGAUGAUCGCCGGCGCGGACCAGAUGGUCGAGAUUUUCCGAUUUUUCGGGGAAACCCCGCGAUGGAAAUUCCCGUCGCUCGGAAAAUCGAGUUAGUUCGCGCGUUUGUGCUUCGAUUUUAACCGAGUAAAGGGCGGUUUAAAGUGCGAAAUUGGCUUACCUUUAACUUGGAUUUGUGCACUAUUCCAGUUUUGUCCUGUUGGAGGGCCUCGAAGGCGAGCCACACGCAAUUGGUCGUAUUCUCCAGCAAAACGGACAUGUUAACAUGUUGGCUAUUUGGCGUUCAAUAGGAUUUUCGAGCGUUCGCUCGACCGUCGGCUGUUGAUUGUUAUUAUAAUAUGAGUCAUUUUGUCAGUCGCGAGCGCGUUAUCUGCACCAAUCGCCGGCCGUUCUUGAGCCAUAUCGAAAUCCAUUCGAGCCGAAAAUCCGUCCGACGGCGUCGAAUCGGGAGCGUACGGUGGCCGAAACCGCCGCGGAAUCCACCGCAAAAAAAUCUUCAAUCGAUGCCACUUUUGCUGACAAUAAUGUAUUUAUUCUUUUUACUGAUUCAUUCUAAUUGGUUAUUCAACGUUUAUCCUACUUUUGGAAUUGUUUCUAUGACAAUUUUUUAACAAGAUCAGCGCGAAUUCCCCGGAGUUUUUAUUUAAUUCGCCGCGGAAAAAUUCGAAAACGUUUGAAAAGGAUACCAGGCCAGGGUUAUAUUAAAAAGGCAUGUUGACAAUUUUUGUAUACAGAAUGUCCCAAUAAAAAAUUGUUUAGAAUGAUAUACAGGUAAGCGCAAAUUUGUACGCAAUGUAGGUGCAACAAAGACAACUUCCAUUAAUCUCACAUAAAGGAAAAAGAAAUAUUGAAAUUGUGAGGGAUUGCAACUUUCUCAUUCUAACCACUGUUAUUUCAAUAAUCUUUCUCUGUUCAACUCAUAAAAUCAAUCACAUUGCAAACAAAUCUACCCAUAUGGAUAGAAUAUUUGAUAUACUUGGAAGAAAACUAUUAUACAGAGUGUCCCAAAAAGUGGAUGGGGGAUAUGUUUAAGUGGAAAUUCUGCAUACAAUCCACGUACUAUCCUUUAACAAGUAACCUUCCACGUAAAAUUCAUUGCCAUUUGCACUUAAUCAUUUACAAUUUUCAUUAUUUACCUUCACACUGAAUUAGGAAAACGAGGUAAUAAAACAUUACUUGCUACAUAUCACUAGUUCAUCGCCAUAUAUUAUUAAAUACACGAAAAUCUUACAACUUUUACACAUAAAAAGUAUACUUUAUCUACUCAAUAUCCUAUAUUAAACAAACAAAAAUAUAUACAGGGAGAUCUAUCAAGUCAAAUACAGUUUAUUGAAUUCAAAAAAACACCUACCAGAUCUAUUAAUUGUGGAAACAAUGAGCAGGUAUUCGAAUCGUGAGAGUUCGAUGGUUUUAGACGAUUGAUAAAAUGGAAUAAAUUUGUGCAAAAAUAUCGGAAUAAUCCGAAACUCGCGAAGAUUGGACAAAGGCGUGGGAAAAGUGGGGGAGGCGCGUUUGUUGCAUUUAAAAUUCGAGCGAUGAUAGAAGUAGAGGAGUUGAAAUUUUUAGUAAUUCCGAGCACAAAGUGGUUGAAAACAAUACUAUUUUGCUAGUGGUUUUUCUUCGUUAAUUGGGAAUUCGCGACAACGGGAAUAUUAUUAAUUUAUUUAACGGGAAUGGAAACCGGGAAGAAUCGCGUGGAGUUAGGGGAGAUGGUGAAGUACAAGGAAGAAAAUAUCAACGAUGAUUUAGCUAAAGGGAAUAGCAAUACUGUGAAAAAAGGUCCGACGUUCGGCAAACGUCACGAGCAAGUAUUACUCUAUUUUCUACUCAUAUUCAUCGCGUACUGCAUCAGAGUGAACUUAUCAGUGGGAAUUGUAGCCAUGACGGAUCCCACGGCGAGCAUCAACCCCGACGUUCCCACGUACGAUUGGAGCGAUAAGAGCGUGAUACUAUCGGCUUUCUUCUGGGGCUACAUUCUACCCCAAUUGGGCGCCGGCUGGCUCGCCGCCCGAUACGGCCCCAAAUGGUUCCUGGUCGCUUCCAUGUCAACCUGCUCUAUUAUGGGCCUGUUUCUACCGACCAUGGCAGCCCGGUUCGGUUCCAAAGGCGUGAUGGCCUCCCGAGCGAUUCAAGGAUUCUCCCAAGGGUUCAUCUUCCCUUCGGUACACCAUUUGCUGGCCAAAUGGGUACCUCCCAGCGAAAGGAGUCGAUUGGGUACAUUCGUUUACGCAGCCGGUUCGUGCGGAACGGUGGCAUCGAUGCUGCUCACCGGUUUGAUAGCUUCGAGCCGGUACGGCUGGCCGAUGGUGUUCUACUCGUUCAGCGCGGCCGGUUUGGGCUGGUGCUUGGUGUUCGCGCGCCGCGGCUGCGACGAGCCCGCUAGGCAUCCUCGCAUCACCGACGACGAGAGAUUCUACAUCGAGAGCGACUUGGGAUGCGCCGACGCGACGCCCAAGAACACCCCUUGGUCGAAGCUGUUGACGUCGGCGCCGGUUUGGGCGAUUUUCGUCACGCAGUGCGGUCACAAUUGGGGAUUUUGGACGUUGCUGACGGAGAUACCUGCUUAUAUGGGGCACGUGAUGGAGUUCGAUAUUAAAUCGAAUAGCGUAUUAUCUGCUCUACCGUACUUCACGCUCUGGAUAACCAGUUUUAUAUUCAGUCUAAUAGCCGAUACGUUGAUUAACAAAAGCAUUUUGAGCAUCGGAGCUUCCAGGAAAGUUUUCAACACCAUAGGGUUAACAAUACCAGCGAUAGCUUUGGUGUUGCUGGGCAACACGGCCGAUUACGAGCACACCAGAGCGGUGGUGCUGUUGGUGAUAGCCGUUGGAAUAAAUUCGGCCAUAUUCAGCGGCUUCAACAUCAACCACAUGGAUUUGUCGCCGAAUUUCUCCGGCGCCCUGAUGGGCUUCACCAAUGGAUUUUCCAAUAUAUGCGGCAUCGUGGCUCCUCUGACUGUUCAGUACAUCGUCACGGAUGAAAAAAGCCAGGAUCAGUGGAAGAUUAUUUUCUAUCUAACGGCGGGGAUUUAUUUGUGCGCCAGUUUGGUGUUCGUGGUUUUUGGUUCGGGUGAAAUCCAACCUUGGAACGAGUCGGAGAAAAUCGAUAAAGAAAAGUCUGAGGUUUGAUUUGUUGUACUAAAUGCAAUCUACAAAAGAAGCCACUGUGAUAUGCGUAUUAACCAAUUUCCAAAAGUUUCGAUUGAACAAUCGAGAAAUCAUUUUACCUGUAAAAAACCGUAAUUAGAUAGUUUUAAUUAAAUAAAAGAACCCGUUUCGAUUUAUUCCGUUCGACUGAAUUUACAGUACCACCUCAACAGCAACUUCUUCCGCGACCACAAGACCCUAAAUCAUCAUCAUCCAAAUCCUCGAAUGUCGCUCGAUCGAAGCCGGUGCACUCUUUCAUCAUCACCGAAUCGAUUUCCUCCAAUCUCCUUUCAUCCACGCAGCAACUCUGAUGAGAUCUAGGCACACUGGAAUUGAAUCUACUCGAUACUGAUGGAACGUACCUAGCAGUACAAGAUGGUCUUUGACCUACUCUUCUUGCAGCACCACAUCG